UUUAGAAUGAAAUCGCUGACGUCAGUCCAAUCUCGGGCAGUCCCCGCUGGGAGCCGAACUACACUCUUUUUUUUUAUAAGAACCAGUAAAUUUAAAUUCAGGCUGACUGUUUUUAAUUUUUUCAAAAAUCUGAGGCUGGGUUGUUCUUAAUUUGUUCUUAAAUUUUCAGGCCUCAUUUGCCAAAAAAGUGAGUGCGACAGCCUUAAUUUGCUGACAAAUUUGAAUAUUCACCUAAAAAGCACCCACACAUCGCUAAAAAUCCUCGAUUUUGAGAAAAACGUUGUUCAAAAUUGCAUUUUGCAGAAGCUCAGCCUCAGCUUGUUCUUAAUUUGUUCUUAACUUUUGACCAGUUUUGAGGCUCGUGUUCUUAUAAAAUUGUUGUUUUAAAAAAAGAGUGUAUAGUUGUUUAUUCCAACUCAUGGCAGGAUGGGAAAGACUAUAGUCAACCCGCAGACUUGUCUCUGUAAAAGUGGCGCAUUUUAUCCCAUGUUUGAACUGAGAAUCUGUUUGUUUUCCAUGUUUUGUUGAUUACAAAUCUGUCUUUUUUAACUGACGGGUGUUUUAUGGGAUAGCUGUGUAAUACAUGUCAAUUAAGACUCGUCAUCAAUUUGAGAUCUUGACGGCUUAGGUUCUUUUUGAAAUUUCCUUUUUUAAAUUGCUCCAAUGAUCCUUGGAAAAUGUUUUUGCGUACUCUAACAGGAUUUGUCAACCAUAAGAAGAGAUAUAAAUUCUUCGCAGUACUAUCUCCUGACUUUUUCAUGCUCGUAGCCCCUAUUAAAUAUAUGUUAAUUACUCCAUAAUUUGUUGUUUUUUACAUCCAAAUCGAAAUAAACAGAAGACGUAUUCUUUCACUUUAAAGAGGGUCCUUCAGCGCCUAUGAACCUAAGCCAAGCAAGACAUUUUUUUCAAUCUUUAGGAACAUCUGCAUUUUCGAAGAGGCUUUGAUAGUCUCUCUCUAGUCUUUCAGUCUCUUUUCAGUGAACAUACAUAGGAAAACAUAGCAAACAUGAUUAACAUUUACUUGGCAUGCAUCAUUUCAGGAAAAAGUUUUCCUUGUGAAAAGGACCGCGCCAAGAAAAGGACCUGGGGACCAUGACCAACCCACGAACAUCAAACCAUUAAGAGUCACUAGCCUCUUUUUUCUUACAGUUAUUGAUUAUUGGCAGUUAGUGGCAUUACCACUUCUUGAAUUAUAUAUUUGUAUGGGUAGUGGGCUCUGUCAGAACCAAAUGGCCUGAUUUUUGUGUAAAGAUUUAAAAAAAACUGUUUAUGCUACAGUUUUUUGUAGCUUCAGUUGUACAAUCAAGAAACCUCUUUUGUAGUGCUUGUUCUCUCAAAGUUUAAGUAACUCUUUGGCAUUCUUAAAUUGACAUUCUAUGUUUUGUUGUAUCCAUCAGGAUCAAAGGCAUCCUUGGAAGAGAUAAGGAAACCCUUGGCACCAGAGCUACAUAAAUUCGAGCGAGACGCUCAUCCGUCUGCCGCUCCUAUCUUUACUUUCUGCGCUGGGAUUUACGUGGCUCUUGUGGUAUCCAGAGUAAGAUAAGGUGGGGGAAUUAACUGAGUGGCCCAUGAAAUUUAAAAGCUGUGAUAGAAAGACAUUAUUCAAGUUUAAUACCGGUUCGAUACUACUUUCAUCGAGUAUUUCUCGGAUCAUGAAACUGACAAUGAACAGUAUUCUAUACAUACCAACCUGAAGGGAAAGAUGGCGUGUUUGAUUGGUUCUAUACUAUUAAACUGUUAGCUGCAGGCGACUCUACAGAUAGAUGGAAAUUGUAUGAGAGAAGACGAACCCUCUCUGGCUAAAAAGGAACGGAACCAAGAGAUGGCUCGCGACGCAUUAUUCUUCUUUCUACUUAUCUCAGCUUGCGGUAAAUUUCGCCUGGCCAUUUCAACGGAAGUGAAAGGCUUUAUUCCUCUUGGCUGCUACAAUGACGGGAAUAACGAAAGAUUGAUGCCAUUGUUCAUCAACGACUUCAGGGGUGGCAUCAACUGGAAAGACAUGUCUUUGACAGUAAAGCAGUGUUUUGAUGCCAUAAAGAGCCUUGAACAUGAAAAUAAUACCCCCGGCAAAUACAGGUUUUUUGCAAUCCAGUUUUACGGAGAAUGUUGGGCUGGUGGUGAAACUGUUGCUCAAAAAUAUUUUCUCUCUGGCACAUCAACAAAUUGCUACCAAGGUACUGGUGGAUCAGGAGCUAAUUUUGUUUAUAAAAUUGGAACUGACUCAGCUCCACAACCAGUGCCUCCAUCAUUCAGCGCCGGCUGCUAUAACGCAAACCACGAGCCCAAGCCACUUCCGGUCAUGAUCGACAAAAUCAACGAAGGCUUUGAUUGGACCAAUGGACUGACUGCAGAACAACGUUUAUUGGUUGUCUCGAAAUGUGCUCGAAAAGCAGCAGCAGCCGGCUUCAAAGCGUUUGGUAUCAUGCGCCAAGGUGAGUGCUGGUCGGGACCGAAUGCCGAGACAACAUACGCAACUGGUGGAAUGGAUAUUGACUGCAAGAACGACCUUGGCAGUGACACGUCAUUCACAGCAUACCUAUUUGUUGAUUCAUUAUCUCGUUGACUUUUCAAAAGUAUAAAGAAACUGGUUUAUGUAUCUAUUUGUUGAAUCACCGUCUCGUGGACUUUCUAAAAACAUAAAGAGCCUAUUUUAUAUGGUUUUUAAUUUUGUUUGUUUACUUAUUGAGUUGUAACAUUUAUGAACAGGGGUACCAGCUUUAAUGGUAGGAAGAGGUGCAUAAACCAGUAGUUUACAUAAGUACCCCUAUUGCACAAAAAUUUUACUUUGGAAUGACGUUAUUUCUAUUCAUUUUCUGUGCUAUUGAUUCAUUCACAGAAUUUUCGGUUCUGUAUUCUGGUGGCUCUUUAGCCUCUAGGAUUGUCGAAGUAUUUUCAUUUUCUUGUCGAAAAGAAUGGCCUUAUUCUCAAAACAAAAUUGAAACUUUGGUUUCUCUGAUCAAACAGAAGCCAAAAAGCUCAGAAAUUGACCCUAAAAAAAGUCUUUAUUUCUUUUAAAAAAAGACUUCUUUUCCAAAAUUGAAUUAAAUUCUUGUUUCUUCUGACCAGCCAAAAUAAAAUAAGCCGGUUUUUAAUGCAAACAAUUUUCGAAAAACGUGAGCAUUGUUUUUGAGCCCAAAGCCUUACAUGUCUAUCAAAAUCAUCGUAACAAAAAAUGUUCAUUAAAAAAAACUUUUUCCCGGAAUUGAAUUGAGUUUGUGUUUUCUGUGAUCGAACAGAAACCAACAAGCCAGUUUGAAAAAGGAAACAUUUGGGCAAAAUUUGAUUAUUUUUCUUGGCCCAAAGCAUUAUAUUUCUAAGAAGAAUCGACCCUUACAAAAUGUGCUUAUUUUGCUAAAGGAAUUUUUUUCCCGAAACUGAAUCCAAUUUUCAUUUUUUCUUAUCAAAAAGAAGCGAACUAAUCUGUUAUGAAAAGAAAAAAUUUUCGGACAAUUUGGACGCUUUUUCUCAGCCUAUAG